GGAGCAGGCGGUACGCUUGCGCGGCGUAGGGAGGGGGGGAAAAAGGUAAACACGGGAGUCGUGUGAGCCCAGCUUGUUUUUUUUAAAUAAUGAACUUACAGCGCGACAUCAGCAGAAGUGUCUUGUCUAGAAAACGUCAGAACACAGUCUUGGUUAUCGGUGAUUGAACAAUGGGGGAAAAUCUAUCACGUCUAUCACUGCGCAAACCCUUCAGUGAAAACGGUGAAUCCAGCAAAAGGGAAAGGGAUAAAUUGGAGAUUUCAUCCAAUCAUAGUGAGGACUCCAGUAGAAAUGGGGAUGUUUCACAGUUUCCAUAUGUGGAAUUCACGGGUCGAGACAGUGUUACCUGUCCAACGUGUCAAGGAACAGGAAGAAUUCCAAGAGGUCAAGAAAACCAGCUUGUGGCAUUAAUUCCUUACAGUGAUCAGAGGCUGAGACCCAGACGAACGAAGUUGUACGUGACCUCAUCUGUGAUACUUUGUUUGCUGCUUUCUGGACUGGCAGUAUUUUUUCUGUUUCCACGAUCUAUUGAUGUGAGUUAUGUUGGUGUAAAAUCAAUUUACGUCAGUUACGACCAAGGCAAUCGGGUAGUAUAUCUCAACAUCACGAGCACAUUAAAUAUCACUAAUAACAACCUCUACUCAGUCAGUGUGGCAAAUAUUAGUGCUCAAGUACAGUUUUCCAAAACAGUUAUUGGGAAAUCACGGAUAAGCAACAUUACAAAAAUUGGACCACUGGAUAUGAAGCAGCUUGACUACUCUGUUCAUACUGUAAUAGGAGAUCAAAUGAGCUACAUGUAUGACUACUGCACACUGACGUCAAUCAAAGUACAUAAUAUUGUGAUUUUGAUGCAAGCAACUGUUACUACAUCCUAUUUUGGACACACAGAGCAAGUUUCACUUGAAAGAUAUCAAUAUGUGGAUUGUGGGAGGAACACGACUUAUCAUUAUAAAAGAUCAGAAAAUCUCAACCUUGUUCAGUCACAUAAAUUGCCAUGUCUGUAUGCCUAGAAUACAAAACUUUGCAGUAAGCUACAUAGUAAUACAAAUAUUGGGUAUGCAAGAUGUUCAAAAUUGUGUGAAAUGAAGUUAAUUGUAAUUGAAAGUGACUAAUGUAACUACAAAUGGGUCAUGUUGUGCCAGUGGAUGUGAGUAGGUUAAAGGGAAAGUUAGUUAUGUUUGAAACUUUUUGCUUUUCUGUACUGAUCCUUGCUGAAUUAAUUUCUAUCAUUCAUACACUAAAAAUUUUCAUUAAAGAUUGACUUCAGUGUAAAUAGUGGAGUACCAACUGUUCUACUUUUAAUUCUAAUUGAAAUUAUCUUUUAAACGUAUUGUGGAGGUAGACACUUUGCUAUUGACAAUGUGAUUUACCUUCCAUGUAGUAAUUAACAAAAACCUUGUUUGGGUCACAGAUUUUUCUGAUUUAGUCAUUUCAAAUUGUAUUAUUCAUUCCAAUCCUCACCUAAUAUUUAGGACACUGGACAAAUCAGUAGUUGUAAAAGUUGCUUUUAUUGGGUAGAAUCGUACACCAAUUGCUAUUUCAUUUGAGCCUCAAUGUCCACUUUUGUUUACAACACAAUGCAUAGUUCUGUUUAAAUUACAGACAGAAGAAUUCAAUGUUGAAAGGUCAACUGGAAUGACUCUUGUAAUUUUUUUAAACAUUCCCUUUUUUGCGAUUUAAUUUCUGAUAAUGUAGUGAAGGCAUAUUUGUUGCAUUGAAGCAAAUUCCAGAAUACGAAGGUCCUAGUUGUACAAAUAACAUUCACUAUUCUAAAUACAGUAAGCAAUUUCCAGUUAUUUAUCAGCAACCAUGCACUUUAAUUACUGUCAACUCAUAACAGCAGGGAGUACAGAAGUUUAGCAGUUACCUGUGGUACAUCUGAUAAUGUUAGUAAGUUAUUGAUGCUGUGACUCUAAAAUCAGCCAUCUUAAUGAUGAUGAACUUGGUUUACUUUAGAGUGAUGAUGAAGUGUGCAGGGUUAAGUUUAUUGUCUUUUUGCUGCAUUAAGCUAUCUAGCCAGCUGUCUCCUUUAAAUCCUAGUUUGGGCAUUUAAAAAAAUUUUUUUUGAGGCAAAAGUAAUUUUUAACUUUUGAGAAAUGGAUAAACUGACUAUCAAGGGAUUAAAUGCUCAUUUUGUCCCAACUUUUUUGCAUCUGGGUUGUCAACUUUAAUAGCUGAAAACUGAGAUGGCUGCCAUGUAACCACUGAUAUAUUGCUGAUAUUCUAAAAAUUGAAAAUUAUGUUCAUAGUGUAUUGCUAGAUUGCAUUGUUAAGAAUCACCCCAAUCUUUUCAUUGGUAACUAUUGUGAAUUUUGACAAAAAAUUGCUUGUAGCUUUCUGUAUGUUGAAAAGAAAUCCAUCAGACUUCAUUAUUGUUACCAGAUCUCUGGAUUAGAGAAAUCUCAACUUGUAAUAUGGAAAAUGCUUAACUGUAUUAAUUGAAAUAUUCUUAAAUUACUAUAGAUUAAUAUUCAUUGGGUUUGUAAUAUAAUGACUUGCACAUUUAUUGCACUUUCUGCUCUCACUGAUUCUUUACACAGUUUUCUUAUUGUAAUUUUCAAUAUUACAUGCAGGUGGCCUCCAUUUUCCCAGUGUCAAUAUCUGAAAAGCCUACUCUUUGACAAUGUUUAUGCAGAUAUAAAAUUUGAAUUUUGCAAUCAAGACUUAUUUAAGAUUUCAGAAUUUAGAAAAGGAUAUUUUGCAUCCAUUGUUCCAAAUAAAAUGGUUUUUAAAGACUGA